AUGCGAUCUCUUCUUCUUUACCCCCUCAUGGUGGCUUCCUCGGCUCUCGCGGAGAAGCUUCUCUACCGAAAUACCUUUGACAGCAGCGAUGCUGUUGCGGAUUGGGUCGCAGAGGGUCCUGUCAAUGCCACCAUCAACAACCACACUCUGGAAUUAAGCGGCGCUGGCGGUAUUGACGACCAUUUUGUUUUUUGGGCUCCUGAAGUCUUUCCCGACCGCAUUCGCAUCACCUGGGAGUUCACGCCCAUCAGGGAGCCCGGCCUGGCCAUGUUCUUCUUUGGUGCUGCCUCUGUAGCAGGUGGCAGCAUCUUUGACAAGAGCCUGGCUCCUCGCAAUGGUUCCUAUCCUCAGUACCACUCUGGUGAUAUCCGAACUCUGCACGCCUCAUAUUUCCGUCGACGAUGGCUUGAAGAGCGGGCCUUCCACCUUGCCAAUCUCCGAAAGUCGCCCGGUUUCCACCUCGUCUCCCAGGGCGCUGAUCCUAUCCCUUCUGUUGAGGAUACCCAGGGAGCCUAUUACAAGGUCGAAGUCAUCAAGGACAAGCGGGAUGUUCGAUUUUCGGUCAACGGCUUGCUAUUGUUUGAGUGGGAGGAUGUCGAUCGUUCUACGGGCCCUGUUGUUCGGGAUGGGCGUAUUGGGUUCCGUCAGAUGAAUCCGUUUGUUGGGCGGUAUCGCAACUUGGAAGUGUGGAAACUGUGA